AUGAAUUCGAAUAAUCAAGAAGCUCGUAUACUCCUUGCUAUCGAAGUUAUUCAUAAAGAUAAAAAAUUAAGCAUUCGAAAGGCUGCUAUGCUCUAUAAUAUUCCUCGUACGACUCUUCGACAUAGAAUGGAAGGUUUACCUCUUCGUACAGAAACUCGAGCGAAUCGUCAUAAGAUUACAGAAUUAGAAGAAGAGGUGAUUGUUCAAUAUAUACUCGAUAUGGAUUUAAGAGGAUUUCCACCUAAACUAAAGAAUGUGGAAGAUAUGGCGAAUGAUAUUCUCGAAUCGAGGGUUGCGAAUAUGCGAGCGAAAUACGGCAUUUUGGACGGAGAUUUCUACAAUUUCGACGAAACAGGCUUUAUGAUGGGGAUUAUAUGUGCAGCAAUGGUAGUAACUAGUGCUGAACGAAAUGGCAGAAGCAAGACAGUACAGCCAGGCAAUCGAGAAUGGGCUACAGCAAUAAUAUGCGGAAAUGGAGAGGGUGAAACUAUUCCCCCAUUUCUAGUAGUUCAAGGACAAGUUCAUCUCUCCAAUUGGUACACCGAAACGAAUCUUCCUGCGGAAUGGGCUAUUAAACCUACAUCUAAUGGGUGGACGAAUAAUGAGACGGGUUUAGAAUGGUUGAAACACUUCGACAAGCAUACUAAGAAUCGAAGAAAGGGCAAAUAUCGAAUGUUGGUACUGGAUGGGCAUGAAAGCCACGAAUCAGUAGCUUUUCAAGCAUACUGCAAAGAGAACGAUAUUAUAUGUUUACGUUUACCACCGCAUUCAAGUCAUUUAACUCAACCACUUGAUGUUGGCUGUUUUAGCAAUCUAAAACGUUCAUAUGGUGGUCAAAUUGAUGGAUUUAUCAAGGCACAUAUCAAUCAUAUUUCGAAGAUUGAAUUCUUUAUAGCUUUUAAAGCUGCAUACGAGGAAUCAAUCACUUCUCAGAAUAUGAAAUCAGGAUUCCGAGGAACAGGUUUAAUCCCAUUUAAUCCUGAAGCUGUACUCUCGAAAUUAGAUAUUCGAAUUCGCACACCUACCCCCCCCUCUUUCGACCUAGAUCAAUGGAUCUCUCAAACCCCUCGCAACCCAACUGAAGCUCUUUCUCAAUCAACAUUAGUUAAAUCUCGAAUAACUCGUCAUCAAGCAAGCUCUCCUACACCUAUAUUCGAGACUGUACUAGCUCUAGCUAAGGGUACAGAGAGAUUAGCUCAUGAAAACACACUUUUAAAUACAGAGAUUCGUACACUUCGGACAGCAAAUGAAGCAUUAAGCAAGCGUCGACGCGCGAAAAAAACCCAAUUACGUCAAGGAGGAGUGCUCACUGGACAAGAGGCUCUUGAUAUAUUAUCUCAGCAAGAGGUUGAUAUUCAGAUUCAACGCGAUGAGCGUCAAAAAGGGGGGAAUUCUAAUGGGGAAGCAUCUUCUAAUCGAUGUUGUAGUAAAUGCGGAAAGACAGGACAUAAUGCAAGAACCUGUCAAAAUAAUGUAAUAGAUCCUAGAUUAUUAGAUUCUUAA